GCAGCAAAGGCCUGGCGCUGGAGAGCGCGGGCGAAGGGGCGAAGCAUGCGGGAAGCAGACAUGGUGGAAGCCCUGCUGGGAGCGGCAAACGGUCAGAAAACAGAUCGCAAGAUGUUUGGGCGGCGGGCGGGUGAGGGCGGGGAUGCGGGCUGCGAAAAAAAGGGCGGCUGAGGGCGCCCUGUGUCGCUUGCGCGUGUCUGGCUGCGUUGGCUGGCUUGCUGCUCACGUACAAUUGAGUCGGAUGCGUGUCGUCCGAAGAUGGCGGGAGAUGGUGUUGUUGCGGGUAUCAGUCUGGUCGUUGGUAUCUUUCCCCGACGUCUUCGAAGAGCUGUCGGAUCAAUUCGGGUCACGUGCACGCUAGGCCCGAAGGAGUUCUUUCGGGCAAGCCGGCCCUCGACAUCAUCUAGGUAGUUACAUCACUCACACCCG